AUGCCCCAGCAAGCGAUUACCGUCCAUGGCUUGCAAGCAGCUGAUAUACGAGCGAAGAUUGAGCUGUUAAUUGAUAACUUGGUAUCCAUUCAAGACACCACGGGAGAAUUUCUGCUGCGGCUACCGGAUGGCAGAGUGAUCGAUACGAAGGGCUGGAAUGACUGGGAAUGGACGCACGGAAUUGGCUUGUAUGGCCUCUGGCAAUUCCACGUGCUGGAUGGAUCAUCCAAAGCACUGCAAGUGAUAGAAGAUUGGUUCCACGGCCAGCUCGCAAGGGGAACAAGCAAGAACAUCAACACUAUGGCGGUGUUCACCACGUUAGCAUAUCUCUACGAAAAGAAGGGCGAGCAGACAUACCUUCCAUGGCUGGAGUCCUGGGCUGAAUGGGCGAUGUACGAGUUGCCGAGGACGAGGUUCGGUGGAAUGCAGCACAUGACUUACCUUGGCGACAACUACAAUGAGCUCUGGGACGAUACGCUCAUGAUGACGGUGCUCCCGUUGGCGAAGAUCGGAAGGCUGCUCAAUCGACCGCAGUACGUUGAAGAAGCGAAGCGGCAAGUCCUGCUGCAUAUCAAGUAUCUUUUCGAUCCGACGACUGGACUGUUCUUCCACGGAUGGAAGUUUGAUGCUUCGGCGCCGGGUGGAUUUGGACACAACUUCGCGCAGGCAAGAUGGGCGCGCGGCAACUCAUGGCUUACGAUCUUCAUUCCGGACUUCAUCGAGCUGCUCGAUCUACCUCCGGGUGAUGGGCUGCGAAGACAUCUGAUUGACACGCUCGAAGGUCAAUGCCUGGCUCUGAAGGCGUUGCAAGACAGUGAGGGAGCGUGGCGGACGCUGCUCGACGUGGCAGAGAGUGAUGGCAGUUAUGUGGAAGCUUCCGCUACUGCUGGGUUUGCGUACGGUAUCCUGAAGGGCGUGCGGAAGCGAUAUCUGAGCAAGGACUUUGAAGAGAUGGGAAUCCAAGCGGUUCACGCGGUUCUCGAGCGCAUCAGUGCAGACGGUGAGCUGAGAGACGUCAGUUUUGGCACGGGGAUGGGCAGCGAUUUGCAGCAUUACAAGGACAUAGCGCUGACGUCGAUGCCAUACGGGCAAUCGAUGGCCAUGAUGCUGCUGGUGGAAGUGCUGCGAUGCUUCAUCUGA